CUCACCGACACAAUUUGAAAAUAAAUUAAUGGCAGAGAAAAGAAGACCAUCUCUAUAAAUACACAUAUACUUGAGAACAAUCUCAGCCCUGAGCAAUAUCAUCCCAAGGUUCAGUAUAUGUGGAAGGGAUGAGCAGUGAAGAUGGGUAAUGAAGUUGAAUGGAGAAUAAAAGCCAGAGAUGGGUCAUCGGUGGAGAUUUUAGUGCUGGCCGAGAGAUUUGGAAGGAUCAAACAAUGGAUUGAAGGGUUGGGUUUGAAGUUGGUGAAAUUUCUGAAGAAAGCAUGGGAAUUAGGGGUAAAAGAUCCCAAAAAGUUUAUUCAUGGCAUCAAGGUAGCCACAGCUCUUACUUUAGUGUCUCUUUUCUACUACGUCAAGCCUUUGUAUGAUGGAGUUGAAGGAAAUGCCAUGUGGGCAGUCAUGACUGUUGUUGUUGUGUUUCAGUACACAGCAGGUGAAACAAUUAGUAAAACUAUAAAUCGGAUCUGUGCCACAUCCAUUGCUGGGCUUCUUGCCAUUGGUGUUCACUGGGCAGCCAGCAGAGCAGGAGAUCAUGUCGAGCCAAUCAUUGUCAACGUCUCCCUCUUUUUGUUAGUUCUGUGGUCAGCUUCUGCAACAACGUUCUCUAGAUUCAUCCCAACUAUUAAGGCUCGAUUUGAUUAUGGUGCUGUGAUAUUUAUCCUCACUUUUAGCUUGGUUUCAAUCUCGGGUUAUCGGGUCGAUGAAUUAUUUCGUAUGACACUGGAAAGGAUAUUAACCAUUGUAAUUGGCACUUGUUUCUGCAUAAUCACGAGUAUCACCAUUCGCCCCGUUUGGGCGGGUCAGGAGCUCCAUCUUUCAAUCACUACAAACAUGGACAAACUUGCAAAUUCUCUAGAUGUUUGUGUGGUUCAGUACUUCAAUGAUCAAACCUCAUCUGUUAGUGACGAUGAAUCUGAUAAAAAGUCGUUAGGCUACAAGUGCGUGCUGAGUUCCAAGGCAACAGAAGAUUCAAUGGCUAAGUUUGCUAGAUGGGAACCAGCCCACGGCCGGUUCAGAUUUCGUCACCCAUGGAAGCAAUAUCUUAAAGUGGGGACAUCAAUGCGCACUUGUGCUGCUUGCAUUGAUGCUCUUGUUGGCUGUGUCAAUAUAGAAAACAAGGACCACCAUAUUGAUCAUAUGAAGGAGCAAAUCAGUGGCAUGUCCUUGAGAUUGAGCGCUAACUGUGCGAGUGUGAUAAGAGAGCUGGCAAAGACAAGUCGAAAUAUGACAAAAUCAUCUAAAGUUGAUAUUUUAGUUGGGGAGAUUAAUAGCGCAACACAAGAGCUUCAGCAAGUACUUAAAUCUAAUUCAAUAACAAACGUUACAAAAACACAAGGCUUGUCUCCACAACUUGUUUUGACUGAAACUUUUCAACUGCUAGCCCUAGCUUCUUUGCUUAUAGAAAUUGCAGCGCGUGUGGAAGACAUUGUCAAAGAUGUACAGCAACUAGCAGAUUGGCUCAUUUCUUGCCUGCAAACUCUGUCAAAUCUCUCAAUAAUCAACCCCAAGAUCUUGAAGAUCCAUGCUCCCUAAAUUGAAAAAAGAAACCAUACAUAUAUAUAUAAAGAUAUAUUCUUUGAAUUCUACAAUGAUGUCUGGCAUGACGUACAUGUACUGUGCUUGUGUCUGUCUCCUGGCACAAUGGUUGUAUACUACAUCAGAAAGAGAUGAGAGAAGAAAAAGAAAAGGUUGUGCGCUUAUGAUGAAAUAAACUUCAACUAGAGUAUGUAAUUAUCACUGA